GCUUCCGGCCGUCACCUGGGCGUCACCAUGACGAUCCCGCGGCACGUGACCCAGAGCCAGCAGCGACCCCCGCGCGCCGCCAGCGCAGGCAUGGAGGAUGGCUUCCUCAUGGAGGUGUGCGUGGACUCGGUGGAGUCGGCCGUCAACGCGGAGCGCGGAGGUGCCGGCCGGAUCGAGCUGUGCGCGGGCCUCGUCGAGGGAGGAACCACGCCGAGCAUGGGCCUCUUGCAGGUGGUGAAGCAGUGCGUGCGGGUCCCGGUGUUCGUCAUGAUCCGGCCCCGCGGCGGGGAUUUUCUCUACUCGGACCGGGAGGUGGAGGUGAUGAAGGCUGACAUCCGCCUGGCUAAGCUGCACGGGGCUGACGGGCUGGUGUUCGGGGCUCUCACUGAGGAUGGGCGCAUCGAUACGGAGCUCUGCACGGCGUUGCUGGCUGUUUGUCGUCCCCUGCCUGUCACAUUUCAUCGAGCCUUCGACAUGGUGCAUGACCCUCAGGUGGCACUGGAGACCCUGAUUUCUCUGGGGUUCGAGCGUGUGCUGACCAGCGGCUGUGACAGCUCAGCGCUGGAAGGAUUGUCUUUGAUUAAGAAACUUGCAGAGCAGGCAAAGGGCAGAAUUGUGGUGGUGCCAGGGGGUGGCAUCACAGAGCGCAACCUGCAGAGGAUUCUGGAAGGCUCUACUGUUUCUGAGUUUCACUGCUCUGCUCGCUCAGCCCGGGACUCGGGGAUGAAGUUCAGAAAUCCAAAUGUUGCCAUGGGAGCAUCCUUCUCUGCCCCUGAAUACUCCAUAAAGGUGGCAGAUGUGGCCAAAGUGAGGACCCUGAACGCAAUUGCAAAGAACAUCCUGUAGUGGAAGGAACUGUGCCGGGACAAGAGCGAUGAGACUCUAGGGUCUUCCCUGCCACAUGGACAGAUGUGUACUGCUUCCGUCCUCAAUCUGCAGAGGAUGCAAACUAGGUGACAAAGCCUGACGUCUCUUCCCUUGGUUUCCCCUGAGUGACCAGUCCCUGACUUGGCUGGAAACUUGGCGUUGGCCAUUUUAAAUAGAAGGACUCAUUCCUGGACGUUGUGGCAACAAGCUGCUCCACCAUACUUCAGGAGGAAGGGAGCUGAGCACGUAGAGGAGUGACUUGUGUAGCACUGCAUGUGAUCAUCAAAUAAACACUGCAGCUGCUCCCCUC